UCAAAAAACAAAAACACGAAUGGACGAAGAUUUUUCGAAAUUUUUUUCAAGAAAUUGAACUUUUGCGGAUAAUUUUUAAUAAUUUUUCAGCAUAUUUAUGCGCUAAUUUCACAUAAUUCCAGCUUUUGUUGUUCUACAGCUCCAUAAUGAGUCAUUUGGUGGAACUUCGAGCCAAUAAAGACUUGAUUGAUUCCAAUUUCGAAGGAUACAAACUAUCUCUGGACCAAAUACCGGCGACUAAUCAUGAACUCCCCAGUGGUGUCCAUAAGCUGGAGAAAAUCGGCGAUACGUUCUCGUACUUGUAUUUGGUGCUUUUCAGCACACACAACCACUUGAUCAGCGAUCCAUGGAACGAGAAUGAUAUUUAUUACAUCAGCGAGAAGCGAACCGUUACGAAGAUCGAGCUUCAAACGAUGACUUUGGACUCGAAUAAUACAGAAAUGCGUGAACUUGUGGAAAUUCCAUCUUUCGAGGCAAAAGAAUUCGGUUACAAUAUAAGUUUACUUUUUGCUGGCCCUAGCACUGCUGUGAUUUCCACUGGUACUGGUACCCUUCAUGUUAUCAACACCGGAAUUAGGAAUUGUUCGCAGAAUUGGACUGUGGAAAGUUCAUUGGAAGUUCUAAGUAAUCCGUUCACUUUGCUUGAUGCUCGAGUCAAAGAACAAGACAGCAACGAAUUGCAUUGCCUUCUCACAUCGAUCGUCGAAAAAAAAGAUGCCGAAAGUACAAUCAAAGUUGCCAAAGCUUAUACCGAAUUACACUGGAUUGUGCUAAAGAAAAGUGGUGAAAAAUGGUCGAUUGAGGAUACGUUUAAAUUCCAUUCGUUGGGAGCUGUUCGAUGUGGGUAUUUUCCACCGGGAUGCGAGCAUCUAUUCAUCGAGUCCAAUAAACCGGUAGAAUUACCUUCGAAUGUGGAUCCUCAAAGUGAUACAAAACAGGAGCAAGAACAAGUCGAAGAUGAAAAUAAGGAACCGGAAUAUUAUUGGCAACAAACAGAAGACGAUAUAAAAAUCUGGUUCGGAUUACCAGCAGGAUGUGUAAAAGACGAUGUCAAAGUGCACAUUGAGAAUAAACGAAUCAGCGUUGAAAUCAAAGACAAAGUUUGCUUGGCAGGAGAAACAUUCCAAAGAUUAGAUUCCGAUGUAACUACUUGGAACAUCACGAACAAUAGGUUGGAAAUCAUAGUUUGCAAACACGAAGAAGGUCAAAUGUGGCAAUAUCUCGUUCAAAAUACCAGAGGAGAAGAAUUAGUCGAUAAUGAAUUAGUAAAACAAGUUCACGAAAGACUGGCUCAUCUUUGCUCGGAAAAUGAGGCAGUCGCAGACGACACCACACCAGCCUUCAAUCCAGGUCAGCUGGAAGCUUGUGAUAAUGCCCCAGACGAAGACUCUAGACUAAUUGUAAUCGAUGCCAAAAGCAAAAAGUUACUAAAAGAGGCAAAUCUCACCGGUCACCAAAAACUAUUCAAUAUUAGACUAAGCGACUCCUCGAUGGGCAUAUGUGUUCGACACGAUGUCGACGGUAUCGUAUGGAAACUAGAAUACGACGAUGAAAAAUUCUGCCAUCAUACCGGUACCUUAAACGCUUUCGGUUACGUUCUCGCGUCCAAGCAAUGGAAAUACGCUACUUGUUCUCCAGAUUUCUCCUACGCUGUUAUCUCUGCAACUAAACAGAACUUAUUCAUUUACAAACAGAACUGCUCCGUUGUCAGCGAUCUACGUAAUCGUAAAACUGGCCAUAAGUUUAAUCAAGUUGGAAAACAGUUUUUAGUAUCUUUGAAUUCGACCGACGAAAUCGUAGGCGUUCACGUGACCCGAAGGUAUUUAUUCGUUUUGACUAAAAACCUCGUCAGUAUUUACUACAUUGGCAACGUUGAGUGACCACACGAUGAGCCCGCUGAAAGAUGAUAGAUGCCUACUGGAACCAAAAAGAAAACCAACAUCCGAGUUUAUUAUAAAACUUCGCAAAAAAAAACAUUUAUUCGAAAUUACCAUCAAUAUAAAACAACGUAUUCGUUAAUAAAUAAAUGAACAAACAAAAGGAAAAAAA